AUGUCGCUUUGCCAGAAUCGUCUCCAAGAAGAGCGCAAACAAUGGCGUCGUGAUCACCCCUUUGGCUUCGUCGCGAAGCCUCAGCGGACAGCGCAGGGCACCUUGGACCUCAAGCAAUGGACAUGCGCCGUGCCCGGAAAGAAGGAUACGCUCUGGGAGGGCGGUGUUUACCACCUGACCGUGACUUUCCCCGAAGAAUACCCUACCAAGCCUCCCAAGUGCAAAUUCACUCCCCCGCUCUUCCACCCGAAUGUUUACCCCUCUGGCACAGUCUGCCUUUCCAUCUUGAACGAGGAAGAAGCCUGGCGUCCGGCCAUUACAAUCCGCCAGAUCUUGAUCGGUAUCCAGGAUCUGCUGAAUGACCCAAAUCCGGAGUCACCUGCCCAGGCCGAUGCCUACAACCUCUUCAAAAAAGACCGCCCUGCAUACGAACGACGAGUCCGUCAGGUGGUGAAGGAGAACCCGCCCAUGUAG